AUGAACGACGACAGCGUACAAGUAUCUGGAGAUUCUAAACCAAAAUUGGAACAGCCAAAGCAAAGUCCUGAGGGUGCUUCUGCGAACGAUGACACGACCGACCAAGCACAUACCCAUGACCCAGAAAAGACCGCCCCAACCCCAGCUUCAUCACCAAACACCACCGACCCCGAACAGCCGGAUAACGAGAAAAACCAGACAUCAGCCAUCGCAAGCGACCCCAAAACCGACGACACCACCCCCGAAGACGAAUCGAAAUAUCUCCACGGCCCCAAACUAGCCAUCCUCUCCAUCGGCCUCUGCCUGACAACCUUCGUAAUCGCUCUCGACAACACCAUCAUCGCAACCGCAAUCCCCAAAAUCACCACCGUCUUCAACAGUCUCGAAGAUGUAGGCUGGUACGGGUCUUCCUACCUACUCACCACCACAUCCCUCCAACCUUCAUUCGGAAAAGUGUACACGUACUUCGAUGUAAAGUAUACGUAUCUUUCUGCUUUGGUGUUGUUUGAAGUAGGGAGUGUGAUUUGUGCUGCAGCGACUAGUUCAGCGAUGUUUAUCGUGGGUAGGGCUGUUGCGGGCGCGGGGGCUGCGGCAUUGUAUUCGGGGGGUAUGACGAUUAUUGGUUUCUCAGUACCGUUGAGGAAAAGAGCUAUUUACAUCGCUGCGCUAUCAUCCAUGUUUGGUAUUGCGUCAGUUGUUGGACCUAUCCUCGGGGGUGCGCUGACAGAUCGGGCUUCUUGGCGAUGGUGUUUCUGGAUCAACCUUCCUUUCGGUGCGGUGUCGUUGGGUGUGGUGUUCUUCUUCUUUACGAAUCCCAAGAGGAUGUACUCGCAUCUGCCGGUCAAGCAGCGGUUGAAGAAUAUUGAUAUCGUGGGGGCUGUUUUCUUGAUCUGUGCAAUUGUUUGUUUGUUGUUGUGUCUGCAGUGGGGUGGGUUCAGUUACGCGUGGAGUAAUUCGAAAGUUUGGGGAACGUUGUUGGGGUUUGGAUUGCUCAUAUCUGUCUUCAUCGGGCUACAGAUGCGCAAGGGAGAUCGCGCGACGAUACCUGUUCGUGUGUUUACGCAGCGGACUGUGCUGGUCAGUUGCUUGUAUUCGACGUUGCUGUCGAUGGCGUUGUACACGCACAUCUUCUACCUCCCCUUCUACUUCCAAGCCAUUAAAGGGACCACAGCCGAAGAAUCCGGUAUCCGCACGAUCGCAUACCUCGUCAGCAUCACCUGCUCUUCCAUCGUCAUAGGCGGCCUUAUCACCGUCGUCGGAUGGUACGCGCCCUUUAUGUGGUUCGGCAGUGCCAUCUUCGCCAUCGGCGCAGGCAUGCUCUAUACCCUCAAAGUCGGUUCACCACCCGGCCAAUGGAUCGGCUACCAGAUUCUCGCGGGUAUCGGCGCAGGAGCUGGUGUUCAAAUCCCGUUCGUCGCAGUGCAGGUCGUUACGAACGAGAAGGAUAUGCCGACUGCGAACGCGUGCGUUAUGUUCUUCAAUUCGCUUGGUGGCGCGCUUUCGAUCUCUAUUGCACAGAACAUUUUUGUCAAUACCUUGGGGAAGGAGGUACCGAAGUAUGCGCCGGGCUUCGAUGCGAGGAUUGUGGCGAAUGCUGGGGCGACGAACUUGAGAAGUGUUGUGCCUGAGGCUACACUGCCGGGGGUUUUGCACGGAUACAACAACGCGAUAGUCACGGCUUUCAUAUUGGCGAUUGCAACGAGCAGUGUGGCGUUCUUCAUUAGUUUGGGUAUGGAGCAGAAGAGUGUCAAAGGAAAGAAGAUCCUGGCUGGUGGUGCGGCAUAGAUAUGUGUAGGCAAUGUAUACAUCAUUUUAUUUCUUGGCAGCAGACC